AUGUCUUUGUUAGCAGAAUCAAAGCGCGUUGCCGCCGAGUUUGAAUACACAGACGAGGAUGUGCGAAGAGGUGUUGCUGAAUUUGUCGCAGAGAUGAAUGAGGGAUUGGAAAAGAAUGCCACCAACAUGAGCCAAAUCCCAACAUACGUGACUGGAGUUCCUAAUGGAACGGAAAAGGGACUAUACCUAGCGGUCGAUCUUGGAGGAACCAAUUUCCGAGUUUGCUCAAUUCAAUUGCACGGAGAUACCACAUUCAGUCUUACACAAUCAAAGGUUGCGAUACCCCGGGAGUUGAUGUUGGCUAAGACGGCAUCGGACCUUUUUUCAUUUUUGGCAAAACAAAUCGAACUUUUCCUCAAGACCCAUCACGAGGACCAUUUCGCGGCCCACAUCAGACGUCGCAAUACUGUCAGCACACCAGAAGGUUUCAGAGAUGAACAUAUUUUUAGACUCGGUUUCACGUUCAGUUUCCCAGUUCACCAAAUUGGUAUCAACAGAGGAACUUUGAUUAGAUGGACCAAAGGCUUCGAUAUUGCGGAUGCGGUUGGACAAGAUGUUUGUGAAUUGCUACAAAAGGAGAUUGACAAACUGCAAUUGCCAGUGAAGGUCGCUGCUCUUGUAAACGAUACUGUCGGAACAUUGAUGGCAAGAGCAUAUACCUCACCUGGAAAGACUCAAACCUUACUUGGAGCGAUUUUUGGUACUGGUACCAAUGGUGCGUAUGUUGAGAAGCUCGAGAAGUUGACUAAGCCUAUGGAAGGAGAUUUCGAUAAGACCACUGGUGAGAUGGUUGUUAACACAGAAUGGGGCUCAUUCGACAAUGGUCUCAAAGUUUUGCCAAAUACCAUUUAUGAUCAAAUCCUUGAUAAGGACAGUGUCAACCCUGGUAUUCAAAUGUUUGAAAAGCGAGUCUCUGGCAUGUUCUUGGGUGAGAUUCUCAGAACUGCUCUCGUUGAAAUUAUCAAGAGCCCCACUAUUCCACUUUUCAGAGACCAAUCUUCUGCAGACAACGACUAUCGCUCAACAACUACAGUCGAUGAAGCCGGUCCUCUUUACAAGCAAUGGGCCGUCGAUAGUUCUAUCCUCUCUAUCGCGGAAGCUGAUAACAGCGUGGGUCUUCGCGCCCUUCGUCAAGAACUUGAGAAGUCUCUCGGUGUCUCAGCUGCGUCAUUGGAAGAUGCUCAAACCGUUAAGGAAAUCGCCCAUGCUAUCGGUAAACGUGCAGCUCGUUUAGCCGCCGUUGCAAUUGGUGCCGUCGUUCUUCAAACUGGUCGUCUCGAUAUCAAAUCUGAUGCUCCUGGACCAAAAUCAACAGCUGCCAUCAUUCAAGAUGUCAAGGAUUUGAAAAUUGCCGAUGCAGCAUCAGCUACUGCCAAUAAACUCGCUGACACAGCAGGCUUGGCUGUCAACGAGGAAGAUGUUAUUGAUAUUGGUGUGGACGGUUCCCUUGUUGAGUUUUACCCAGGAUUCGAAGAUCAUAUGAGAGAAGCUUUGAGAGCUAUGGAUGGUAUUGGAGCUGCUGGCGAGAGAAGAAUCAGAAUUGGUAUUGCCAAGGAUGGAUCGGGUGUUGGCGCUGCAUUGAUUGCGCUUGUGGCGGCAAAGAUGGAGAAACAACAACAACAAGAUUACAUUGGAGAUUUAAGGAGUAGGCUGGGUGGUGCCGGAGAGAACGCGAUUUGA